UUAGGCAUUUUUAAAAAAAUUGUAUGUCGGUCUUUCAAAGUUUCACCUACAGCUGUUCUCACAUUAGUAAAAUGUAAUAAGAUAAACCUGGCCAGUUAUACAAAAGCUCCCAGGGCCGAGAUAACAGGCAAAUACAGCCUUACGCAUAUCAAUGUGUGAAAGCUGGACAAACCACACAGUUCAGAAAAGGAAGUGCACCCUGCAAGGCGAACUUGCACGUUCACUGCCCAAGUCACAGCAUCUUCAGGGUCACUGUGUGCCAGGAGCACCAACUCUUUGGUAAAAAUGGAUGGAAGAGCAGAUGUGAAGUCCCUCAUGGCGAAAUUUAACACAGGGGGCAACCCAACAGAGGAGGUCUCAGUCAACAGCCGACCCUUCAAAGUCACAGGACAAAACUCACCUUCAGGAAUACAAGCAAAAAAGAACUUGUUCAACAACCAAGGAAAUGCCAGCCCUCCUCCUGCAGGACCCAGCAACGUACCUAAGUUUGGGUCCCUAAAGCCACCUUUGGCGGUGAAGCCAUCUUCUGAGGAAAAGCCUGACAAGGAACCCAAACCUCCAUUUCUAAAACCUGCUGGAGUGGGCCAAAGGUUUGGAACACCGGCCACCCCGGCCCUCAGAGACCCUGAGGUGAAAGCAGGAUUUCUGAAGCCUGUAGGCCCCAAGCCCAUCACUUUGCCCAAAGAAGAUUCCAAACCUGUGUUUCCCUGGCCUCCUGGAAAUAAACCAUCACUUCACAGUGCAAAUCAAGACCAUGACGUAAAGACACCAGGCCCAAAACCUGGGCCUGCUCCUCCAGACCCAGAAAAUGAACAGAAGCAGGCAUUCCCAAAGUUGGCUGGGGUGAAAGGCAAAUUUAUGUCAGUAUCACAAGAUCUUGACCCCAAACCCCUGUUUCCCAAACCUGCCUUUGGCCAGAAGCCGUCUCUUAGUACCGAGGACUCCCAAGAGGGUGAGAGCCCCACUAAGAAUUCGUCUCUACAGAAAGGCACCCCAGCUCCUCUGGGAGCGAGGACCAAAGGUGGCCCUUUAAAACCAGCAAAGGAAGACCUAGAAAAUAAAGACCACACAGGUGAUACAUCAAGUUCACCUUUUCCUGGAGUGGUUCUGAAACCCACUGGGAACAGAGGAGGCCUAGGCCUCUCCAAAAAUGGUGAAGACAAAAAGGAAGAUAGGAAGAUAGAUGCUGCUAAGAAUAUCUUUCUCAGCAAAAUGAAUCAGGAAGAGUCUACCUCUGGGGCUCCUCCCGCCAAGUUCCCAAAGGCCCCUUCUAAGCUGACCAUGGUGGGGCCAUGGGGCCAAAGUCAGGAGAAGGAAAAGGGAGACAAGAAUUCAGCCACUCCAAAGCAGAAGCCAUUGCCUCCCUUGUUUACUUUGGAUCCACCUCCACAAAAGCCCAGCAGACCACCAAAUGUUGACCUGUCAAAAUUCCAAAAAACCACUUCUGGAAGCAGUACCAGCAAAGACCACACGUCUUACUCAACAACUUCUCUGCCACCGCCGCCUCCAUCAUCCCAUCCGGUCAGCCAACCACCCUUGCCAGCAUCUCACCCAAUACAACCACCAGCCCCAAGCCUACCGCCCAGAAACAUUAAACCUCCGCUUGACCUAAAAAGCCCUGUAAAUGAAGAAAAUCAAGAUGGUGUGAUGCACGCUGAUGGUACUGGAAAUCUAGAUGAGGAACAAGAAAGUGAAGAAGAAACAUAUGAAGACAUAGAAGCAUCCAAAGAACGAGAGAAGAAGAGAGAAAAGGAGGAAAAGAAGAGAUUAGAGCUGGAGAAAAAGGAACAGAAAGAGAAAGAAAAGAAAGAACAAGAAAUAAAGAAGAAAUUUAAACUAACAGGCCCUAUUCAAGUCAUCCAUCAAGCAAAAGCUUGCUGUGAUGUCAAAGGAGGAAAGACUGAACUGAGCUUUAAACAAGGAGAGCAAAUUGAAAUAAUCCGCAUCACAGACAACCCUGAAGGAAAAUGGUUGGGCAGAACAGCAAAGGGGUCAUAUGGCUAUAUUAAAACAACUGCAGUAGAGAUUGACUACUAUUCUUUGAAACGGAAACAAACCUCACUUGGUCCUCUUUCAAUACCCACCGAAGAUGACCAGGAAGUGUACGAUGACGUUGCGGAACAGGACAAUGUUAGCAGCCACACUCAGAGUGGAAGUGGAGGGAUGUUUCCACCACCACCAGAUGAUGACAUUUAUGAUGGGAUUGAAGAGGAAGAUGCUGAUGACAACUCCACGCUCCAGGUUGAAGAGAAGAGUAACACGUGGUCCUGGGGGAUUUUGAAGAUGUUAAAGGGGAAAGAUGACAAAAAGAAAAGCAUACGAGAGAAACCUAAAGUCUCUGAGUCAGACAAUAAUGAAGGUUCAUCUUUUCCCCCUCCUCCUAAACAAUUGGACAUGGGAGAUGAAGUUUACGAUGAUGUGGAUACCUCUGAUUUCCCUGCUCCAUCAGCAGAGAUGAGUCAAGGAAUCAACAUUGGAAAGGCUAAGACAGAAGAAAAAGACCCCAAGAAGCUAAAAAAGCAAGAAAAGGAAGAAAAAGACUUCAGGAAAAAAUUUAAAUAUGAUGGUGAAAUUAGAGUCCUCUAUUCAACCAAAGUUGCAUCGUCCUUAACUUCUAAAAAGUGGGGCACCAGAGAUCUACCGGUAAAACCUGGUGAAUCUCUUGAAGUCAUACAAAACACAGAUGAAACAAAAGUUCUCUGCAGAAACGAAGAAGGAAAAUAUGGUUACGUCCUUAGGAGUCAUCUGGUAGACAAUGAUGGGGACGAUGGAGAGAUCUAUGAUGACAUUGCUGAUGGUUGCAUCUAUGACAAUGACUAGCACUCAGCUUUGGUCAUUCAGCUAUAUUCCUUGGUUGCCCACUGUGAAGUCUGGGUUUUAACCAGCACGUUAUUCGGUAUCACAGAAAAUGAAUGCACGUAACUACUUACUGCCAUUUGUCAUGAAAUCCUGAUUAUAUUUGUAAACUUUUGAAAAUUUGAACAUAGAAAAUGAUCUGUCUGUUUAAUCAGUGUCUCAGAAGACUAUCUUAGCGAGAUAUAAAGAAUUAUUGAAUACCCCAUUCUGCUUUGGCUAUAAUUAUAAAGACACUUCUUUUAAUUUUAGAUCAUCAGUAGACAAUUCCCCCUACGCAAAAAAAAAAAAAAAAAAAGAGGAAAUUUGUUCGAGAAGAAAUGACUAUCCUGUCUGAAAAAAACAUAAGGAAGAAGAAUAAAGAAUGUAGGGAAGAGAAUUUUAAAACAUUUCACAAAAAGGAAAACUAUUGUUUAUACCUCUAAUUAUGAUUAUAUCUUAUAUUCUCUAUGGAAAUUAUCUUUUAAAAAGGCAGUGCUGUCUUAUCUCCUGGUGAGUUAAAUGUUUUCAAAAGUUACAGUAGUUGCAGAAAUUUUGUAUAAAGUUUGGCCCUAUUUGUUAACUCUGUAUAUAUGUUAAUUAUUUGAUAAGAAUAUUAUGCAUGUCGUAUGGACACCUAAGACUAUGGAAGAGCCAAAAAUACAUUUUCUUUUCACAGAUUCAUUUGCUAACAGUUUAAUUCUGUACUGUUUAAAGUACUAUUAUAUUAGCUAGAGUAGUUCUGAAUGCGGAUAACCCUAAAAUUAUGAGAAUGGAAGAGUGAACUUUGAAGCUAAAUAGAAUUUUAUGGCACCUCUUUACAACGAACAUGCUUUUUAAAAUUUUGUUUUUGUUUUCAAUUAGUUCUACAGAACUUUUUUUUAGCCACUUUACCAGAAAAUUGGCCAGCAGAGGGAGUACAAAGUAAUAAACCUUAGUCUUCAGACUAGGCAGUACCAGGUUUCAAAGGAGAUAGGUUCUGUAGCUUUGUUCCGAAAUUGAAUUUGUAUGUAGGUUGGAACAGAUACAUUUAUCUAUUACCUGUAAUAGCCUCCGUUCUUAAGUGUAAGUCAGAUAUCAGUCGGAUGUUUGUAACUCAGGGACUGCUUGUAUCCAUUUCCAAAGCAACCCCAAAACCAAAUGUAAAGCAUUUGAGUUUCAAAGGCUGAGAACACUAAACACUAUGAUAAAAAAUGGAAAACACCCUAGAAAAUAAUACAUUAAAUAAUUUUUUCACAACUUCUAAGAUACAAAAUGACCAAAUUCUAAUGAACCAUGAUGUGAUAUUGAAUAAAUUAUUUAUCUUCUCAGUUUCCUCAUCUGUAAAUUAUAGGCUUAGACUAAGUCAGUUUUUCCCAACUAAUUUCACUACCAAUUACCUCAGGCUUUAAUCUUCCUCCUCCAGUCUCAUGUUUCAGAAGUUUUUGUGUAUUGUCUUUUUAUUUUAUUUUAUUUUAUUUUUUUGCAGUUUUUGGCCAGGGCUGGGUUUCAACCCACCACCUCAAGCAUAUGGGGCUGACGCCCUACUCCUUUGAGCCAUAGGUGCCCAUUUUUGUCUAUUUUCAAAACUCAUUGAUUAAAUAGUGAUUAAUGUAUCAUCUACAUUUUAAAGUCCAAAAGCUCAUCAGAGUUUCUGAAGUAGCCCUACCAAAUAGAAACAAUUUCAAACAACUAAAGGAACUCAAAACAAUUUCAAACAACUAAAGGGUGAAGUGGGAUUCCCAUUAGAUGCUUUGAAAUUUGAAAAUAGAUCACCACUUUCCAUUGCUUAAUGUAUAGAUUAUGGGGUCUAAAUCCCCCAGAUUAGAAACUACUGCUCUCAAGGAUUCUCUCCAAUUAUGAAAUAUUUUGAUGUUUACUUUUAAAUAGGGUUAGCCAGUAUAUGCCCAUGUGAUGAAUUUCUUUCAAUACUAGAUAAAAUUACCUAGUUCAAAAGUGGUUUCGUUUUUUACACACACACAUACAUAUACACACACAGAUAGGAUAGUUUCAGUAAUUUUUUUUCUGAUUGAGAAUAGCAUAAAUUCAGGCCCGGGGCAGUGGAUCACAUCUGUAAUCCUAGCACUUUGGAAGGCCUCGAUGGGCAGAUUGCUUGAGCUCAGGAGUUCGAGACCAGCCUGAGCAAGAGGGAGACCCCAUCUCUAAUAAUGGCCAGGCAUUGUGGGGGGCACCUGUAGUCCCAGCUACUUGGGAGGCUGAGACCAGAGAAUCACUUGAGUGCAGGAGUUUAAGUUUGCUGUGAGUCAUGACACCACAGCAGUCUACAGAAGGCAACAUAGUGAGACUCUGUCUCAAAGAAUAGUAUAAAUUCAAUACAAUGUCAGUUUUUAAAAUUCCAAGUUAGAUCAAGAGAAUAUUUCAGAGAGUUGGUUAAUACACCAAGAAACAGUCACAUACACAUCUAUGGAAGAUUUAUAUAAUAGAAAAUGAUCUUAAUAUGAAAGACACAUUUGAAAUAUUAAUUUUCAUUUCCUAAAUAUUAUUUUUAUUAUAGUUUUAAGUAUGGAAGUUACGUGAGAUAAGCUGCAAAUAAAUAAUACCUUCAGCAAAUAACCUUGCCUCCUACUUCAUUAAAAAGAAUUAAAGCCAUCAUCCUUCUGCUCCGUUAACUCAAACCUACAUCUACAAAAGAGUCUUUCUCCGGACCCAUCCUUACCUCUGUUUGCUCAGCCUUAGGAGAUGGGGUACCUCCUGUUUAAAAGUAAACCUUCUAGCAGCGCUUUUUGGUAAUUUGCCUCCUGUUUGGUGUUAGAAACUGAGAUAAUCCAGUGCAUUUCCUUUGACUCCCAGCAAUCCUCAGUCUUCGACUAUAUCCAGACACUGUCCCAAAGAAUGUAAGAUAUCACAUCUCAGAUUCAAAACCACAGCUUUUGAUCCCAUUUCUUCCUGUCUUUUCUGGAGUUGUCUUCCUCCACAAUCCAUUCUUUCAUAUUCUCUCUCCCCCCUCUUCCUCUCUCCAACCAUCUCUCUUUUUGUCCCUCCCUCCCUCUUCUUAAUCCUUAAUUUCUUUGA